AUGAAGAACUACCUCGCAUUAAUUACUCUCUAUGUCGUUGGAGUAUGUGCUCACGGCGAAGAAGCUAGCACUGAGAUGGGCCCGGUUGCCUUUCUGUGGCCACCUGAUCGUCUCUGGGGUGCAGCACAUGACAAUGCCGCGCCGUGUGGCUCAUCAACCGGGGCCGUGAACAGAACAAACUUUCCAAUGAUAAACGGCCAGCUCGCACUUGUGGUCCAAGACGAGUCAUGGAACGUGCAGGUUGCCAUCUCCCACAAAAGCAGUAAGCUAGUACCAUCUUUUGUAUUUAUCCUGACUGACUCGCCCUCAGAUCCAACUACAAACGACGACUUCGAGUCCUUCAUUGGAGGCUCCAGCAUCUCCGACAUCGAGCCAGGACACGAAUGCUACUCCGUCCCCAACCCAUCCAUCGACGUGGAAGAGGGAAUGAACGCAACAUUUCAAAUCAAAUACACCUCCGAUUUCGAUACCAACAAAAACGAAACCUACUACGCGUGUGCGGAUAUUACCUACAUUCCGGCGAGCAAGUUUACCUACCAAGUCCCCUGCUUCAAUGUGACUACGGACGACUUCACCGCCGUGAGUACUACGACUGCGGCUGGCUCUACUGCCACAGCAAGAUCGGAUUCAACUUCGGUUGCCAGUGAGACGACCCAGAAGAGCUCCGGCUCCGGCUCAGGUCUUUCAGGCGGGGCGAUUGCGGGUAUUAUAGUUGCCUCUGUGGCCACUGUAGCCUUUGGAAUUGCCCUACUGUUUGGAUACAGAAGAAUUCUACAGAAGUAUCGCUUCUUUCGGCAGAAAGCAUCAGUUCGGAAUGUAGAUUGGACGUCGCCUCAUCCCAUGGCGGAUGACAAUCUUCCAUUUGGGCUACGCAAGAUCAGGUGA